AUGUUGACUCUUGCGGCCUUGAUGCUGCUGAGUGCUCCGGUGUUCGCGUUUUCCUUGUGUCCAAAAGACAAUCCUGGAUGCAGCGGACAGACCAUAGACAUCGACUCCAGCAUUUGGCGGGCUCCUGCAGACAAAUACGAUUUGCCUGGAAACGGCAAGGGAUUGACAACCCUAACAGAGUUGAACUCGGUCAUCAUGGGCCACGCGAAGACACAGAUCAUCUUGGCUGGGAGCCGCUUGGGUCUCUUUGAAUUUCUUCAUAAGGGACAGCAGACCAAGACGGUCAUCGAGCAAGCCCUUGGCCUGAAGCGCUUGGAUGGCAGCACACGGCCCAUUGACGCACUGCUUCUGGGCACCACAUCACUCGGCCUCACCCUUUUGGACAAUCGCGACAAGACAUACCGAAACUGCCCCGUCAUUGAGGCAUUGCUGGUGUCCGGGGGCUGGAAAACCAUUGCAGACCUCAUCGACCUCGAAGGCAUCAUCAAGUACAAGGGGGAGUUCCACUAUGUGGAGUCCUUGAAGCAGGACACAAACGUGGGGCUGCAAGAGUGGCCAGGCACUGCAGACAACCUGUACGCCAGGCUGCCUGAUACACCUGGGGCGCAGAAGAUCUUCUACGAUUUGAUGAACUCGUUCACUGCCUACUCGGUUCCUUGUGUGUCCAAUGUCUCUGCAGUGGCAAGGUCUGCGAAGAAAAUGCUUGAUGUUGGCGGAGGCGCUGGACACGGUGCCAUCCACAUGGCAAAUAACUUCCCAAAGCUGGAGUUGACGCUGUGGGACCAGCACGAGACAGUGGCCAUCCCCAAGGCACUGAUCCACAGUGCCGGCCUGGACGCUCGGAUUGGGCUGCGGGCAGGCAGCUUCCUCAGUGACCCCUGGCCGGAUGCAAAGAGCCACGACGCUGUGCUCUUCAUGCAUCAGUCGGUGAUUUGGUCCAAGAAGAUCCUGUUAGAGGUGUUCAAGAAGGCCUUUGACAUGCUUCCGCCCGGGGGUGGCAUCGUGAUCUUUAACAGCUUCGCCAACGAUGACCUGGACGGCCCUGAGUGGGCAGGCUUGGACAGCGUGUACUUCCAGAGUAUCCCGGUGAGCUCUGGGGGAUACAUAUGGUCCAUGGGCCAGGUGGAGGAGUUUCUCAAGGCGGUCGGCUUCCAAAAUCCUUUGCGUCACAACUGUGACCUUUGGACGCCCCACGCCGUCCUUGAGGCGUACAAGCCGGACUGUGAGAGCAGCUCGUGCGUAGCGUAG